UACUGUACUGUUCUCUGCUCUGAUUGCUAAAAUUUUAUAAAAUUUAGCAAAUAUCAUGUUCUUGCGGCCCUAAUUCUUAUUUCAAUACUAAAUUAAGUUAAAAUUAUACAAAUUUCAAUUAUUUAUAUUUUGAUUAACAAGAUGAGUAUCCUGACCGUGAAAGAGCUGAAGAGACUGUUUCAUCCUCAUUUUUUAACUAACUUCAUCUUAGCUAUUUCUUAUUUGUUUACGAAAUUAGUUCAGCCGUUUUGUACUGUUCUGUAUCCAAAAUCAGGAUGUGAACUAGAAUAUAAAGAAACAGAAAUAUUGAUUUUUCUUGCUGUUAUUGUUUUGCUGAAGACAAAGAAAAGAGGUGCAGUCCAGAUGGUUCCCUACUUAUCGUCCCUGUGCAUGUACUCCAAAUUGGCAAAUGUGGUGCUCUUCUUUUAUUCAGAUCCCAGAUUCGGAAUCGUGUAUGCUGUUCUUUGUUUGAUUCAUCUGUUGCUCCUGCCUGAACCCACCUAUGAGGGUCCAGAGAAUGUUGUCUACUUCACUGGUCAGAGCCUGGAGGAGGAGUUGAAGCGAGAUACUAGAGUCACAUGGCUCAUCACUUUCUACACUGUCUGGAAUUCAAACUGUGUCAAUUUCGCUCCCAUCUUCUCUGAGAUGUCUGUAAAGUAUGGUCUGGACAAUCUCAGGUUUGGAAAACUGGAUGCAACCAGGUUCCCUGAAAUUGCAGACAAGUUUCAUGUAAGUACACAGGCAUUCAGCAGGCAACUCCCAACAGUUAUCCUCUUCAAAAAUGGAAAAGAAGUCAACCGAAGACCCACUGUCGAUGCUGAGCACCGGCUCAUCAAGUUCUUCUUCUUUGAGGAAAAUGUAGUAACUGCUUUUGAUCUGAACAAUCUCUAUCAAGAGCUCAAGGCCAAUCCGAUCAAAAAGCAGAAGAAAGAGAAAAAAGAAGAAGAUUCGGAGAAAAAGGAAGAUGAUUCAAACGUGCACAUCAAAGCUGACUAAUAUUGCUUCAAUGAUGCAUUUCAAACUGUUUAGUGUGUAUGUGCGUGUACAUGAAAUGACAAAUAACUAUGCACAUAUUUUUAUCUUAGAUUCUAGUCAAAUUUAGAAACACAAACAGAAGGUUACGAUGACAACAUAUUAAUUCCAAUUUCUAUGCUGUGCGUUUGCUAGCGUAUAUGAAAGGAAAUGUUUCAUCGACUCUGCAGAUAUUGUUGCUUUAGAGAAAUUUUUUUUAAACAUAUAUUGCCAAUGCCAAUUUUUUUCAAUCAUACACAGUAAAACCUGUAAAGUUGACCACCCUUGUAAGUUGACCACCUGUCUAUGUUGACCGCUUUUGUGAGGAACCGAAUUAGUCCUAUCUCAUAUAAUGAAGGAAAACCUCUGUAACUUGACCACCUCUCUAUCUUAACCACCUGUCUUGUCUAUCUUGACCACUAAUGUACGCCAAAUUUGGUCUGGAGUAUUGUAAAAAACCCUUUGUAAGUUGACCACUUGAUUUAUUUUUUUUAACUUUCUUUAGCAUAUUAUUUUAUUAUUUAUAAUAAUAAUUUUUUUUUUCUUUUGAUAGCUUUCAAAAAAUGUUUUUAAUGCUUUGAUGACAUACUAGAAUUUUACUAACUAAACAGCAGCAUGAAGCUUAUGCUGCUCUUUAUUCUCCAAACUUGUUUUUCAUUUGUUGUUCUAUUUGAGAUAGCUUUUUGUACUCUGUUCAAUGAAAAUAGGUGUCAGUAGAAAGUUCUAAGACUUUUCUUUCAGUUGCAAUAUGUUGUGGCAACACAAAAAUUGUGCUAAAAAGAACAGGCCCAGAUCUAUACAUUUUGGGCCCCCUGCAACAAAAUAUGUAGGGCCUCUCCCAAGUGGCCAGCAGUGUCUAUUUGAAAAGCGAAUAAGCCUUAGUGCUAGGUUUUUUUUUUUUUCAUCAAUUUUUAGCGCCGUUAGCCCCUUUAAGGACGCUGGCCCCUCGCACUGCGGGUAAGCAGAUCUGGGCCUGCUAAUGAGUAAUGAGUAAAGUAACAUGUUUCUGGUGCAAGGAGUUAAGAGAUAGGACAUUUUAAUUUUGCCUUUAUGAACUGGGAGAGUUGAACUUGUUGCUCUUCGUGCUAUAAGUUUUACAUAAAAAAGCUUCAAAAAGAAAGUUAGUGGAACUUGAGAUUAAUAAAAAGUAUAAAACAUUAAAAUUGUAAAUGGAGAAAGCCAGGGAAAAUUAGCUGGCAUAUAUGGAAUUUUUAAAACUACAGUGUCUAAUAUAAUUAAAAACAAGGGGAAAAUAAAAGUAUUUUAAUAGUAUUUUAAAUUAUUGUUUCACUUUCAAUAAUGUUAAACAAUGAAAGUGGAGCUGAACAGAAAGAGUAAGGGUGUAUUCCUCAAAAAAUGAAUACAUGGUGCAAGAAAUGACAAAAAACAAAACAAAAAACGUUACUGCCUUGACCACCUGUCUAAGUUGACCGCCAAAGUACUGCACCGCGAGUGGUCAACUUACACAGGUUUCACUAAGUAGUUUUUAGAGCUCAUAUUGUUUGAUAAAUGAAUUUGUACCAUUUUCCAGAUGCUUUUUGAAUUGGAUGUACGCACAUGCUUUCUGUUUUUUAAAUAUUAAUAUUUGUACAUGAUACAAUGUGUGUUAAUUUAGAUUAGAAGGAAAUGUUCUGUUUUCCAAUGGCUGUUAUGCCUUUUUUAUUUGAGUAGUCAAAUGACUAGAAAAUUGUAAUGGUAAUAUUUUCAUAUAUGUGGCUGGGUGUAUACAUAAUUUUCAAGUUUUGUAAUACUUUAGGCAUUGUUUCUUAAAUUAAUUAUCAUCCCUCCUUGACCCUGUCACCAAAAAUCAUCAUAAUGGGAGAAAUUUCCUUCAUUUUGUUUUCUCCAAGAUUUUCUUUGAGCUAUUCUGCAUUGUGUUUUCUUGCAAAUAAAGUAGAUUUGCCAAAAUAACUUUUUAGGUCGUAUUCAUGACAAAACAUCCAUGUACAAUUUUCAUUUCAGAUUAAAAAAAACUUUUGUAAUUGUACAAAGAAAGAGAUAGAAAAAAACCGAAUUUUAAAACUUAAAUGAUAACUCUGUGUUCAAUUUUAAUGAGUAUGUAAAUCCCUAAAAUAUAUAUCUGGCCUUGUAUGUUAUCAGUAUAAAAAAGCAAAAAGAAAUCCUAGAGUUUUCUUUAUAUAUCAUUUUCAUCUUGAUCUCAAAUUUCACCAAUAUUUUGUCUUUUCCGGGUUUUAGAAUCAUUUGUUCAUUAUUUUUUUCCUUACAACUUAAUUGAGUUCAUUUCUUAAAGUCAAAGUAGAAAGGAAAGCUUAGCAGAAAAAGUAAACUGACCUUGUGUAUUCUACAUGUUGAGCAAAACCAGGAACAAAUAAAACAUUUUAUAAGGAAAAAAGACGGGGAGGAGGCAAGAGCAACCAUCAGCUUUAUGGUUAUGACUGUUCUGUGUGUAUUUUAAAUAUUUUUGCUAAUGUAUUGUGCAUUUCUAACUUGUGUUUAUUUCUGUGUAGAUUUCUAUGAAGUAAAACUUAGUUAUCAUUUUCAACAUUGAGCUAGUAAGAUA